AUGCAAAGACCACAAAGUGACCCGAUAUCACCACACGCCAACCGCCUAGUCGCCUAUAUGAACGGACAUCCCGAUACGAUUCUAACAUACGCAAAAUAUUUUGGAAAAGAAAAGAAUGCGGUGUCUGCUCAAAUGACCAGUAUUGAUUCAGCGGGAUUUACUGUUAAGGUUACGAAAGAAGAUGGCGAUGAAGAGGAAAUUAUUAUUCAGUUUAAGCAAAAAUUAACGGGUCAUGAGCAAGUGAGAGGUGUGUUGACUGAAAUGGCUAAAGAUGCUGAAGAAGCGCUAAACUUGCCAAGCACACGUCCACCCAGUCCACCACCAUCAUCCACCACACUAACCAACAACAUUCAUACGCCAUUCAUCUGGCCGAACCCAUUCGUUGCCUCUUUAAUCGCAGUCUGUUUAAUUAUAUUAUACACUCCCGAUUAUUUUGCCCCGCAAUUGCACCCCUUCCUCCGCGAAUACGCUUACAUUGAUUGGAAUAGUUUGUAUGCGACUCGAUGGUUGGUCCUCGCCCUUCAUCUAGGUGAGACAUCAAUUGUCGCCUGGAUUUUGGCUAAGAAAGGAGAACCAGAUAUGAAAACGUGGUUUUUGUGGAUUAGCUUCACAAUGUUCCUUGGUGGCCUAGUUGCUAAUCAUCUUUGGAAUCGGAAGGAAAAAAAACGUGAGUAG